AUGGUGGUGGAGUUGUUGCUUGCGUUGAAAGUGGACGCGCAGCAGCAAAGCGACUCGCAAACAAGCCUUUUGCGUGGGCUUGGGCAUGGCGCCAACGUUCCCCGGCUGGAGAUGUUGACCGACAUCCGAGUGGCUAGCGCCCAGUUGUGCAAGUACUGGUGUCUCAAGCGAGAGGCCAAGCGCGGAGCGCCAUUGGUGCGCCCCGGCGCCGAUAAGUCAAUGCUUGUAGCGCAGGCGGCGCUGGUGCACGAUCGUGGCGACGCAGCGUUGGCCCAGCUUCAGGAAAAAAUUGACUUUGGACACACGUUGGUGGCCGAUUUGGAGAAGGUGGUGGAAAUCACCCGUCUCGCGUGGCAAAGACAGGCAGUGGCCCAGGAAAUAAGCCAGUUGCAGUUGUCGGCGUGCGAAACCGCUUACUUCCCCAUGUGCACUGUGGCGAAGGCCCAUUUGACGCACAUGACCGAGAAGCUCGAUCCUUCCAGAGGGGUGACGUUCUUCAAGCCGAAAUCGGCCACGAUGCUAGGGUUUGGGCAGAUUCUCAAGAAGGUCCAACUGUUGCAGUACAACAGUGCUAAGGCCUUGAACUCUGAUGUAGAGAGUUUGCUUCAGGAAAUCUGCUCUGAGCACUCGACAGGGGCACUUGGGAGAGCAGCAACAAAGUGGCUCGCGUACUGGCGCAGCAAAGCUGAGGAGAUUCAGGCUGCUGAGCAUGGAGACGCUCUGCGGAUUCCGUUUGUGAAGGUGCUGGGAGCGCAUAUGGAGUUGAAGCAGCACGACGCUGGCAGCGUGCUAGAGGAAGAGAAUUUGAGCGAGGUGGAAACCGAGCCAGCAAAGGACCCGUUGGCAGAGGGCCAGAACCGACAGAUGUUUAGAAAGUUUUUGGGAGGCUUCUAA